CAGGACAGCGAUCUAGCGUGGAUCAUUCUGAAGAAUUUCUGGCCUGCUAGAGAAACCCCUCCUCAUUCUCAAUGGACACUGAAUUGAUUUACCCCAGUUUUCAACCUGACACAGAAAGCAUAAUGUCUGUAAUACAUGAACUACUGAAGACAAAGAACAUUAGAGACAACACCCUACUCUCCAACUUGGACUUUGCAGAAAGAUUCUUUAGAAACCAUCCUCUAAAACUGUACUCAAAAUUGUUAGUCAAAGGAAGUUACUCUUGUGUACAAUUGGGUCAGAAUAAGAACCAAGUUGUUACUGUAACAUCAGAAAACAAUCAAACCUAUGUCAAUGUCUUUAUCAGUGAUUCAGCUGAGGUACAUAUCAAACAUUCUCUCAUUGAGGCCACGCACUUUUUUAACCACUCCUGCCAGGAUGAGAUUAAAUCCUGUUUUACACAGGCUCAAGAAGCUGUUGUUAAAGAGAAUCUGACAAGAUUACACAUCAAAUGCAACAGGUUCUCAGUCACCUACGCCACCCGAUAUAAAGGUCCAUGUGCAACUGUGGAAACUAAAUGUCAGUUAAAGCUAGAGAACAUCACUGCUGGGGGUUUACUGAACAAAAAAGUCUGGCUGCAGAAAGAGAAACCUACAUGUCCUGGUCUGAUAGCAUGUCUAGACCAUCUCAUAAAGCAAUACCUGACAUCAAGCACUAUUAUACGGAACCUCUAUAGAUUCGUCAUAAAUGCAGACAAAGAAAUAGUCAUAAUCACUUCAGGUAAAGAAAACGAAAGAGAAUGUAUAUUGAUACAUGAUCAUGAAGGGGUCUCAAUGUUUCCUUCAACAUUGCACUAAAAGUAAUGACAGCACUCCAGAACACUGAUUCGACAUAUUCUGUUGAAAUAUCUUCAUAUGCAUUUUAAAGACCUGAUUGAAUGAAAUCAUAUCAACAUAACCACAUAUAUUCAUUACUAAUUUUAAUUCUAAAUUAGUUAAAAAUAUUUGCUAUUGCUUCAUACGCUCAAUGGCAUUACCUUUGGAGUUCAGUACAGUAUAUGUAAUGUGUUGUAAUGUUUGUGAUGUAAUGUUUUUUUUUAAUAGACUUUCUAUUUUUAGUAGAUAUUUGCCUGAUUUCAUACACUGUAAAAAAAAAAAAACAAUUUGUUGAGUCAACUUAAAAUAAUUUUUUACCUGGCUGCCUUAAAAUUUUAAGUUCAGUCAACUCAAAAAAGCUUAUUCAACUUGAAAUGUUAAGUCAUACUAAGUGACAACUUAGAUAUUUGAGUUGAUUCAACUUAAAAUUUUGAGGCAGCUGGGUUACUUACCCAGCUUUUAAGUUUAACGAACACAAAUAUCUAAGUUGUUACUUGGUACAACUUAACAUUUCAAGUUGACUAAACUUAUUUGAGGUGACUGAACUUAAAAAAUUUUCUGUCAUUCUCUACUCAGAUUUUUGUUAACAUUCUUUAUUAUCAUAAAAACAGACAAUUUGUAAAUAAACAACUUCAUUUUCUGUUAGUUGUAGUUCUUUAUCCUGCAUGUAUUGCCUUGGAUUGUAUUAAUUAAAGUGAUAACAAUCAGUUCACUGGAUAUUGUACAAAAACUAAUCAUUUUAUGACUUAUAAAAAAAUAAUAAAACUGUAUAAAACAUUUAGUGUGUGUUUGAUGACUAACUGUGUGGUUGAAUAAAUCUCUCUUCUUUACCUGA